AUGAGUGAUGAGUUUGUUUUUGAUUUAGAUAACAAUAAUGAAGAUAACGAUAAUCAAAGUCUAGAUGAUGAAACAACAACAACAACAACGACUACAACAACUACAACUACCAACAACAACAACAAUGCUAGUAGUAAUAAUAACAGUUUAAAAGAAGCAAGAAAACAAAUACCUACUUCUCUAUUUAUCAAGAAAUCGAAAACCAAUAAUGGUCAGACGACACUUGGUUUCACACACAAGUUACGUGAGGAAAUCAAUUUAGAUAUUAAAGAUAAUAAUAAUAAUAAUAACGAAAAUAAUAAUAAUAACAAUAAUAAUAAUAAUAAAAGUAAUAAGAAUAAUGUAACCGGUCAAUCAUUUAGUGGUUCUACAUUGGAUAAUCUAACAAAGAUGGGUGUAUCAACUUUGAAUUCAAGACAAGUGGAAACAGAUGUCAUCGAGCAGAUGGAGAAUCAAAUGAAGGUUGCAGAGAUAAAGGAUGUCAAUCAGAAACUAAACAAUGUUAGAAACGAAAUCAAAUCGAUUCAAGAGUUUCUAGAGAGAAACACUGAUCACAUCAAAUCUACUACAUUCGCACCAAACACUGUCGAUGCCAACGAUAUUUUAAAUAGUUUACAAGUUUUAAAAACAUUAAAAGAAAAAAGAAUAGAAGAAUUGUAUAUAGAAGAAACAAAGCUGUUGAAUCUUCGAAAGAAGAUCGAGGCAAAACAAAAGAAAGAAAAAGAGGCAAAGAAGUAUAAACCUGCGAAACAGUUGGAUAUGAAUGCUCCAAGUUCGUUGGAUAAGGUGUUUGGCUUUGGUGGUGCAAAGAAAGAGACUGAACAAGAACGUCUUAUUCGUUUAGGAAAGAUUACUCCAUUUGCAAAUAUGUCUAAUAAACAAACAAAGUCAAUACCUAUAUUCAAUGAUACAACUCGUCAGAAGAAUAGUAAGGUUGCUAUAGAUUUUGGUUCGAGUGGUCGAUUCUCAAAGUCAACGAAAGCACAAGAGGAUACCAGUAAACGGUCGUCAGAGAGAAGCGAGAAGAGAAAGCAGUGGAUAAAGAAUGCAAACAGACAGAGAUCCACUAAAUCAACAAAGUUCUACGAUGAUCUCAAGAAUGAUUUAGAUAUGGACGAGAUAUCUUUUGAUAUUACUGAUGAUGACGAUGACAAAGAUGACGAGGAUGAACAAGAUGAAGUAGAAGCAGGAGAAGGAGAAGAAAAAGAGGAAGAAAUGGUUGAUGUAGAAGGAAGAGAAGAAGACGAAGAGAACAAUGAAGAUGAAAAGGAGAAGAAAAUCACUGGCAAAAAGAGAAAAGGAAAGAGAACUACAACGGUUGAAGUGCAUGAAGAACUGUGGAGGGAUGAUACUAAUGAGAGUAACUAUCAAGCUCGUCUUUAUUCGUGGAAGAAGGAAAAGCUGAAAAAGCAAUUCCUCAAGGCAAAGAAAGAGAUGGAGAGACUCAACGGAACAUCACGAUUGUCAAAGAGAACUGGUGCAAGCAAAUCGACUGGCACUACAAAUGAUGCCGAGACAACUUCUCUCGAUGAUAUGCUCGACGAUGACGAAGUGAAAGAGCCAAACGAUGUUGAUAUCGAGGAUGAAGAUUCAUUGCAACAGAUCAUAUCGAGUCAACAGAGCAACAAUGAUGACAGUGAACCACCAGAGAACGAAGAGAUUCGCGCGGAAUUCGAAAAGGAUUUGGAGCGACUCGAUAAAGAACUGGAGGAGAAUGAGAUCAACGAUGAUGAGAUCGAAGGUGAAGACUUUGUUAUUGAUGGUGAAUUCAAGGUACCAUUUGAAAUCUAUCAUCGUUUGUUUGAAUAUCAAGUUACAUGUGUUCGUUGGAUGUGGGAACUUCACAGUCAAGAGAGUGGUGGAAUCAUUGGUGAUGAGAUGGGUCUUGGUAAAACGAUUCAGAUUAUAUCAUUCUUGGCAUCGUUACACUAUAGUAAGAUGUUGUGUGGUCCUGCUCUUAUUAUUGCUCCUGCAACACUCUUGUCGAAUUGGGUAAAGGAAAUUCACAAGUGGUGGCCACCAUUCAGAGUGAUUUUGUUCCACUCGAGUAACAACACCAAGCAGACACAGAAACAGUUGGUCGAGACCAUUGCAACCAAAGGUCAUAUUCUUCUGACAACGUACGAGGGUGUCAGAAUCAACCAGGACAUCUUACUCAAGCAUCACUGGGAGUAUGUUAUUUUGGAUGAGGGUCACAAGAUUAGAAAUCCAGAUGCCGAUAUCACCUUGUCUGUCAAACAGUUUCCAACAUGUCAUCGUAUCAUUCUCUCUGGUUCACCAAUUCAAAACAAAUUGACAGAGCUAUGGUCGUUGUUUGAUUUCAUUUUCCCUGGAAAGCUGGGAACACUACCUAUCUUUAUGUCUCAAUUUUCCGUGCCUAUCAAUUUGGGUGGUUAUGCCAAUGCAUCUUCGCUACAAGUACAGACUGCCUACAAGUGCGCUGUGGCUUUGCGUGACUUGAUUUCGCCCUACAUGCUGCGUCGUGUCAAAGCUGAUGUUCUCCAAUCACUUCCAUCAAAGAAUGAACAAGUUUUGCUGUGUCCGCUUACUCCAUUCCAAGAACGAUUGUACAUGAAAUUCUUGUCGUCCAACGAGGCAAAAGAUGUCAUGGAUGGAAAGAAGAAUCUACUCUACGCAAUCGAUAUCCUGAAGAAGAUAUGCAAUCAUCCAGAUAUCUUGCAUAAAGACGACGAUGAUAAAGAUAAGCCCGACGACUAUGGUAAUGUCGAAAGAUCGUCAAAGUUGAAGGUAGUCCAGGAGAUCCUUCCAAUGUGGCAGCAACAAGGUCAUAAAGUACUUUUGUUCUGUCAGACCAGACAAAUGCUUGACAUUGUUGAAGAGUUUAUAAAGAACUCUAACUAUCAGUAUCGUAGAAUGGAUGGUACUACAUCGAUCAAGGUCAGACAGACACUGGUGGAGGAAUUUAACAAUGAUCCAAUACUCUUUAUUUUCUUAUUGACAACUAAAGUUGGUGGACUUGGUAUUAAUCUGACUGGUGCCAACCGUGUCAUUUUGUUUGAUCCUGACUGGAAUCCUUCUACCGAUAUUCAAGCAAGAGAACGUGUCUAUCGUAUCGGUCAAAAGAAAACAGUUACCAUCUAUCGUUUGAUGACGACUGGUACCAUCGAGGAGAAGAUCUAUCAUCGUCAAAUCUACAAACAGUUCCUCUCGAACAAGAUCUUGAAGGAUCCACGUCAGAAGCGUUUCUUCCAAUCGAAACACUUUAAGGAUCUACUCUCCUAUGUCAAAGUCAAGAAAGGUUCAGAGACUGGUGACAUCUUCACUGGAACCAACUCUGAGAUUCUACCAGAGGAUUUCCAAGAGAACAAACGUAGAAGAUCCAACGAGUCAACCACUGGAUCAAAGGUAACCGAAAUUCCAUUUGAGCAACAACAGCAAGAAGAUGAAAAGACCUCAGAGGACUCCUAUAUCCUUAAGCAUCUGUUUGAGAAGGAAGGUUUAAAGAGUGCUCUCAAGCAUGACUCAAUCAUGGAACAAUCGGCACCUGAAGCUGUACUACUUGAGGAAGAGGCAAACAAGAUUGCCAAGAAAGCAGUCGAGUUACUAAAGAUCUCACGUCAAAAGAUUGAGCAAACCGAUCGUUUCUCAACUCCAACAUGGACUGGUAGAUCAGGUACGUCUGGUGCACCUCAAGCAUUACUUAAUAGUAAUAAUAACAACAAUAAUGAUAACGAUACACCUGCUCAACAACCUCCAAAGAGUAAUAGAUUUGGAAAUAAGAGUAAAGCGAUAUUCUCACAAUCAACUACUUCACCAACUCUUCAACCGAUUAUGCCAAUCGUUUCAGACAGUGCAAGCGUUUCAAAUACAUUGAAGAAUGUAUCAACCGAGAACAAGUUUCAGAGUUCAUCCGCUGACAUUCUUUCGAAUCUCCAACAAGAAGAUGUCGAUAAGGCAUCAGAGUUGUUUGGUGGUAUCAAACCGAAAGAGAUCAUCGAAGGAAUCUAUGACUUUCUUAUGUCAAAAGGUGGAUCAUCAGCUACUCAAGAUAUCAUUGACCACUUUAAAAUUUCAAUUACAGCCGAACAAGCACCACUCUUUAGGAGUUUAUUAAAGAGUGUCGCAACUUUCAGUAAACCUUUGAAACUUUGGUGUAUUAAUAAACUUUAA